GAAUUGUUUACUUAACUGAAAUUUAUAGUUGUCAUAAAAAUAGUCACAAUUGGUUUGGAGCAUUUACAUGAAAUAAUAAAAGAAAUGGAGUGAAGUCUUGUAAAUAGAUUAUUUGGUUUUGAUAUAAUAAAACUAUGGAAGGAAAACAUGAAAACGAUACUUUUAAUUCUGUAUAUUAUUCGUACAAGUAGACCAUCUUGCACACACUUUAUACAACCCGUUGAUGCUUGCGUACAAUCCGAAAUUUGUAAUCAUACGUGGAUUCCUAUUUGCGGACAAAAUGAAAAGACCUCAAUGAGACGAACAUUCGGUGACUUGUGUGAUAUGUUGGAACACAACUGUGAUUUUAAAACAGAAUACAAGGAAAUAAGCCGAGAAGAGUGUGUAAAAACAACCACUACAUUAGCGCGUAAAUCAAUAUUAAAACUCUACAGGGAUAUAACUACAGCUACAUAUACGAAUGACGACGAUGAUUACCUUACUAAUCUUCCUGUAAAUGUUACAACGAUGUCCACAUUUUAUUUGAGAGCGCCUGUAGAAUCGACAGAGGCUAUCACAGUUUUCAGUACAAUCUCAGAAAGCCCACUGAUUAACGUUCUCACACAUGGGUCCGAAUAUCGGCGUCAAAUCACAGAUCCAUCACCUCUUUCAUUUAGAAAAAAUGAGCCAAUAGUUAGUGGAAUGUGUACCUGUGGUGCACCUAGUACUACUACUCCUACGACUACGGUUAUUUUGCCUACGGAGCCAUAUAAAGCAUGCACUUGUUCCACGCCCACUAAUACACCGAAUUCUACUAAAACUACUACUCCGACAACCAAUACAACUACUACUCCGAUAACCAAUACAACUAGCACAUCGACGUCCGCUACAACUCCCAUUAAUAUAAUAAGUAUUUUGCCUACGGAGCCAUUAAAAGCAUGCACUUGUUCCACGCCCACUAAUACACCGAAUUCUACUACAACUUCUACUCCGACAACCAAUACAACUACUACUCUGAUAACCAAUACAACUAGCACAUCGACGUCCGCUACAACUCCCAUUAAUACAAUAAGUAUUUUGCCUACGGAGCCAUUAAAAGCAUGUACUUGUUCCACGCCCACUAAUACACCGAAUUCUACUACAACUUCUACUCUGACAACCAAUACAACUACUACUCCGAUAACCAAAACAACUAGCACAUCGACGUCCGAUACAACUCCCAUUAAAACAAUAAGUAUUUUGCCUACGGAGCCUUUCAAAGGAUGCACUUGUUCCACGUCCACUAAUACACCGAAUUCUACUACAAUUUCUACUCCGACAACCAAUACAACUACUACUCUGAUAACCAAUACAACUAGCACAUCGACGUCCGCUACAACUCCCAUUAAUACAAUAAGUAUUUUGCCUACGGAGCCAUUAAAAGCAUGCACUUGUUCCACGCCCCCUAAUACACCGAAUUCUACUACAACUUCUACUCUGACAACCAAUACAACUACUACUCCGAUAACCAAAACAACUAGCACAUCGACGUCCGAUACAACUCCCAUUAAAACAAUAAGUAUUUUGCCUACGGAGCCUUUCAAAGGAUGCACUUGUUCCACGCCCACUAAUACACCGAAUUCUACUACGACUUCUACUCCGACAAUCAAUACAACUACUACUCUGAUAACCACUACAACUAGCACAUCGACGUCCGCUACAACUCCCAUUAAUACAAUAAGUAUUUUACCUACAGAGCCAUUCAAAGGAUGCACUUGUUCCACGCCCCCUAAUACGCGGACGUCUACCACAACUAGUACACCAACAACCACUAGUACAUCAAUGACUACAAAAGAAUCUAAUUUAGUCCAUGGUAGAGCAUGCACGUGUUCAACAUCUACUCCUACAAUAACAACGGGAACACAACAAUCUACAACCUCUACAAGCACAUCACCUAACUCUAGCGUGUCUACAGAGGUGUCUAGUGUAACGACAACAGAUUCAACGCCAUGGAAAGGGUGUGGACAUCCUGGAUGCGAUAUUGUGGCCACCUGGGCGACCACUGUCAAAGGUGAAACGAGAGACUAUUUCCAGAUUCUUAGAAGCAAAUACGGCCACGUUCCUUUCAGAAGAAGGAAACAUAUUCAAACAUUGAAAUAUGCCACUCGUUAUCCUCCAGGAUUUCGCUUUUCAAGGCCUCGACGUCGUUAUCGCUUUCGUCCUUUGGGUCCUUAUAAACGAUUUUAUGGACAACAGGUUGCAGGCUAGCUUUCAUCUAUCUAUUAAACACAGAAUAUAUACUUUAUGACGCAGAUCUUGUGGCGUGGGAGCGGUAAUGUCAAGGUGGGUACAUUAACUAAGCUCCGAUUUUUAUCGGAUGAAACCUACAUUAAGAGCCCAAUUGCUGCUACAUAGAGAUGUUGAUAUUUUAAAUAGUUAAAAUAUUCAUGUUUGGA